AUGGAAACGGUCAAGGCACCGGUGGACGGCCGUCGUGUGCGCGUACAAGCUGGACGUGGAGCAGAUCCGCCGGGAGAUACUGGGCCCUCAGCGAACAGCGGCCGCACCCGCGGGACGUCCAACAGCAACAGCACCUGUGGGCGGGCGUGGACCGGCCGCAGCCCGUGGGCCGUGACGGCGCAGGCCAGUGGUUCCAUGCGAGUGGCCCUGGUGCUCAGAACGUGCCGGUCGUGGCCGGUCGCACCGCUGAAGACCCGAAGGUUAUUAAUAUCUGAGCACGGCACGCUCUCGCCGGUGGUUUAA